UUUCAUCUUCUUCAUUCGGACUUUUCAUUUGAUUGUCGGCUAAAAGUACCAAAGACAAGUUAAAACAAAAUCAAUCAUGGCGAUGAAACGACAAUCAUUUAUGAACAAUGGCCGGUCUAUUAAUGGAGCUGACCUGUUGUCUGGUUAUCAUCAUAUUCAGCCCUUUGCUAAUCACACCUUUACAUAUGGUUCAUCUUAUGCCCGUGGUCAUGAUGCUGCUGUACUGGCCACUUCAUUACACUGGAAUCGUGACAUUAAAUCAACAGCUACCAUUAACCGAUCACCAUCUUCAUCCAACAACCUUGUAGGCUCAGCUAAUGGUCAUCACCAUUUGCAGCAUCAACAUCAUCAACAGCAACAACAUCAUAACCAGUCAACUCAUCAUCCUAAUCACCAUCACUCAAACCUCAUCGUACCUUCAUCAACUCAUCAUCAACACCAUUUAACCAAUGAACUGGUUCCAGGUAUUAAUAAAACAUUUUCACCCGACAAUCCAAUGAUACGAACAAUUGGACAACACUAUUACCCAGAAGGUGGCUGGGGCUGGAUCAUCUCCGUGUGUUCAUCGCUCUGUUACUUCAUCACUUCAGCUCUUUUUCCGUCUCACAGUUUUCUUAUUCUCGACAUUAUGAGAACAUUUAAGCCCGAUGAAGGUAUUUUAGCGGCAGUUCUGAUUGGAGCCUUUUCGACGAUGGUUACACUUAUAUUUUCACCGAUCAUCAUUGCCCUUUGUCGACGUAAAAGCAUUCGACUUACAGCGGUUGUUGGUGGACUGGUGACUGCUCUUGGUUGCUUGUUUACUUCUUUUGCUACUCAAUUUCAUCAAUUGCUCAUCAGCUAUGGACUCUUCAUUGGAAUCGGUGUUUCCAUGUUGAGAGAUACUUCUGUGAUAAUGAUUGGACAAUAUUUUAAAAAGAGACGAGAAUUUGUUGAAAUAUUUGUCAAUACUGGUAAUGGUCUUGGAAUCGCUUUGAUGCCAAUCUUUCUUUCCUUUUGCAUCAAGUCUCAAAGUUGGAGAACUGGUUUCCAAUCGUUGGCUUUAGUAGCAUUUAUCAAUUUUUUCAUUGGAGUUUUGUAUCGUCCAGCAUCACUUUAUCAUCCUCAACGUCGAGCCAUUUUACACUUGAAAAGUUUACAAAAAAAGUCUCGUCAUCGUGAAGCUGCCCAAGGUUUAUACAAUGGCAACCUUAAUGCAAACAUUAAUGGUAAAACUGGUCAAAGUAUUAAUAACAAUAAUGCCAAUAACAACUUAAUGAAUAACCUCAACAACUCUAAUCAACACCAUAAUGUACAUUCAACAGCCACCAAUGGUUUAGGUCCAAGUGCAGGUUCAGUCAGUGGACAUCAUAAACCUGCUUAUUUUGAUUUUUCAAUCCUCAAGUCAAAAACAAUCAGAAUCUUACUCAGUGGAACUUGCAUUUCAGCCUUUGGUCUUUGGACUCCAAUAUUUUUACUGGCUUAUCAUGGUGAAAAGGCAGGAAUGGCUUAUUCUGCACUUUUAGGUUUACAAACAUUUCUGGGCCUUGGAAUUGUUCUUGGUACUGUUGCCUUUGGCCUGAUUGUUGUUAAAAAUAGUGUCGAUUGUAUGAUUGCACGCCAAUAUUUAUGUCAAGCGUCGUCAUUGAUGAUCAGCGCUUCACUUUUGGCUUUCUCAGCCCUUGACGAUUAUUCGGGCUAUCUGUUGUUUGUUUGGAUUUACGGUUUCUUUCUUGGUGGUUACACUUAUUCACUCAAAAUGUACGUCUAUGAAAAGGUUAAAGCACGUAAUUUCAAUCGAGCCUGGAGUUUUGUCCAAUGUAUCCAAUCGGUACCUAUAAUGGUUGGUGUACCGAUAACAGGUUUCAUUUCUGAAUAUUAUGGAAACAAGUCAGGAUUUUUUUUAUCCUCUUUUUGCACUGCCUUUGGAGCUUUAACAUUAUUCCUCAUUGAUGGGACCAAAAGACCGUAUGACGAUAAACACAAAAUAUCUGGCAUGUCACCUGAAAGAACCUAUGGGUUCACAGCACCUGGAGUAGCCUUAGAUCAAUACGAAUCAAGUCCAAUUCCAUAUGGUGGUCCAGACACUAGGAUUUAUAUUGAUCCACUAGUAUUCACUGGAAGACCUUUAAUUCCAGGUCCAAACGGGACUGAAAACUUAGCACAAGUUAAUUUUACCGCACUUAAGGCUUUGUCAGCAGCAACAGCAAUGUCUAAUCAACAUCCCCACAUGACCCAUUCCAGUCUAUUAAGUCCUAUUGGCUCAGGACGCACAGCGGUUGGACCUUGCGGUGAGCUGUAUUCGACGAUUAAUCAACGUCCAUGUGGACCAACUGUAUUCAAUGCUGCAGCUAGUCUAACUAGCAAUGGUCAAACCACAUCGACUUCUGUGAGUGGUACAACAACAGCAGCCGCCGCUGCUGCUGCUGCUGCAGCUGCUGUGGCCGCAGCUAGCGCUGAGUUGACUUGUAUCUCGGAGGAAGUUUUCAUGGAAAAUUUACUUGACGAAUAUUGCCCUCCAGAAUGCAUCAAUCCAUGUUCUCGUCAUGAAGAUAAGUACUUGAUAUUAUCUGACAUCAAUAAAGCACAUCAACAAGAUAAGUGUCGCUUAAAUGAUGCUACUCACAAUAACGUGUCUUCCUUCGGUAAACAUGCAGUUAGAUCAUCAGAUUUAACUGGAAACUUUCACCACGAUGUUCCACAUAACGGUAGAUUCACGUUUGCCUCUUGUUUGAACAGUGAGUUGAAUGAAUUUAAUAGCAAUUAUCAAUGUCGAGAAAAUUCAAACACUAAAUUGCAGCAAGUCCAGAGGCGAGCUUCGCUACCAAUAAUUAACAAUACCAAUACCGGAUAUUUAGGGGAAUUAGGCAUUGGUCAAAAUGGGGAAGAUUCAUCUACAAAUGAUGAAGGACUAACAAAUAAACUGGCCACUAUGAAGGAUAACAUUGAUGGUUUCAUCGGAGAUCUUUUGAACAGUAAAAUGUCCUCUGCAGCAAAGAUGCAUUCAGAAAAUCAAGUGCAGGAUUGCUGUGACGUUACUAAUUUAAAUGACGGUGUACCAAGAUGGCGUUCAGCUAGUGAAUCAACUGGAUACGUUGCCGAUGAAGGUGGCUCAGAUGAUUCUGACUCUAACCAUGAUAGGUUAAUAAAUCGUUGCUCUGGCUGCCUUCGAUUUGUCCAUGAACAGUCGAUUGGAAGAACAGAGAAGGUUGAUUCACCGGAAACUCCUCUAAUCAAUAACCAACAAUUCCAGCAACAUCACUAUCAACAGCAUUCAAAUCAUUCCCAGCACCAAAAUCAAGUACAGUCCUUUAAUCAAACAUUUGAACCUCCAACAGCUCCAAUGGUUUUGAAUUCAACCGCAAACUUAACACCAACAACAGCAACUGUAUCACCCUCAGCGGCACCAUCAGCAACAGAGACAAAAGUAAAUUCCUUCAUUGCACAAGAACUGACAAAUGAAACAACAGCACAUUUAACCACCAAAGAGCACAAAAUUAAUGAAUAUGAUGUUAAUGGUACAUCAGGAUUUAAUGAUGAUUUGGCAAAAGAAUAAAAGAAGCCUUAACUGUUACAUUGCCAUGUUUUUCAACUCUGACUGUUAAUUGUUUAUCCUCUCUUUUCACUCUCCAACUCUAACAAUUUCUUCGAUUAAUCGAUUAAAAGUGAAAUCAUCAUUACCAUAAUCGUAUUGAUCUUUCAAGUGAACCAAAAGUUGUAAUUGAAAUUAAUACGACUGCAAAUCCUUUCAUUACCAAUCGACAAUCAUAAACAAUCAAAAGAAGAGCCAAAAACUGUGAUAGUCUGCAACUUAUUGCACAGUUUAACUAAAGCCUUUGUUUUAUUUUUCCUUUUCUUUUCUACCUCUUCAAAUCAUUUGUCGAGCUCAUUUAAUAUUAAAAGAUUUAACACAUGUUUUAAUUGAGUUAACAUAAAAAAUCCAAUUCAAAUGCCAAGAAAUAAUUCAUUCCCAUUUUUAUUUACACUGUUUUUUUGUACCACCAACUCUGUAAAGUUCAAUGGCAUUAACAUGUCUUGAGAAGACACAAAAAGCUGAAUAAUAAAUAUCCAUACCUUUCCAACAUUUUUUACCAUCAACAUCUUACACCAUUGAAAUCAUCUCUAUCAAAGUCAAUUAUGUAAUCAUUGUCUUUUUAACCCUCUCUUUAAAAUUGUUGUAAAACAAAAAAAAACGUAACUUGAAAUGUAACUUUUGACAGUUUAUUGAAUAAAUCAAAUCUUUUGUAUCUUCUGUUCA